AUGCUGUCCUAUUUCUGGUUUUUUUCCAAGCACACCGGCCCUGCACUGAUGUCUCUGCCCCGUGUGCUGCAUAGAUGCACUGUCCCACAGUGUUUGGUCUCCAGGUAUCCUUUAGGUCCCCUACCAGCUUACCGUCGAUGUCUGCUGGCCUCGGUGGCCUCCUCCCAGGACACCCCUGGGCCUGCCAGGGUGCGGCAAAACUUUCACCCAGACUCCGAGGCCGCCAUCAACCGCCAAAUCAACAUGGAGCUUUACGCAUCCUACGUGUACCUGUCCAUGGCCUACUACUUCUCCAGAGAUGAUGUGGCCUUGUACAACUUCUCCAAGUAUUUCCUUCGCCAGUCCCUGGAGGAGAGGGAGCACGCGGAGAAGCUAAUGAGGCUGCAGAACCAGCGUGGAGGCCGCAUCUGCCUCCAGGAUAUCAAGAAGCCAGACCAGGAUGACUGGGAGAGCGGACUGCGGGCCAUGGAAUGUGCUCUGCUCCUGGAAAAGGAUGUAAACCAGUCGCUGCUGGACUUGCAUACUCUGGCCUCAGAAAAAGGAGAUCCUCACUUGUGCGACUUUCUGGAAACCCACUACCUGCAUGAGCAAGUGAAGUCUAUCAAAGAAUUAGGUGACCACGUGCACAACUUGGUCACCAUGGGAGCCCCUGCUGCUGGCCUAGCGGAGUAUCUUUUUGACAAGCACACCCUUGGAAAUGAGAGCAAGCAAUAA